UUGGUCAACGUCAUUAGACACUUCCUUAUAACUCAGGUCGAAGAGAUUCUGGCUUAUAAGUGGGCGCCACACAGAAGCAAAUAUGGGGUGGGUGAUCUGGAGUCGUGUCGAAGAUCUUGGCACACAACAACAGAGCGGAGAGUAUUGGAACCGUCAACCGUGGCUCGACUACGGCGGAAGCUUUGUAUGGCCUCUGGUUUACAAGGGCUAUGGAUGAUCCACAGCAGUGAUGAUCCAUAUUGUUCCAAAGGGACACCACGUGGUCUGUACAUAGAUGAGGUCUACCCCUCUGACCGCACGUGGAGCUCUCGUGAUUAUCAUACCAAGUACGAGGUCACAGAUUCACUGUCAAUCAAGGGAACCGCGGCUAGACUGCAGCACUACGAGAGGGAAACCCCCGUUUGUUAAAACAGCAUGUGGUAACUAUUACCAAAAUGGAAAUACUACCUGAAAAUCACCUUAGCAACGAACGUGCACUGUGUAGCUCCAUGUCAAAGGACAAUGGUGGACACGAUCGCGAGGAUGUAGAAAUGCAGUCAGUGGAAAAUUGUAGUAGCUGUGCAAACUGCAGGCGUAGGUACAGGAACCAUAUUUUCACCUCGUGUUGUGUGUGUGUCGUCAUCGUGGCGAUGUGCUGCAUCAUUAUGGGUUACAACAAUCACGCAUGCGCACUGACAAUGGACAGUUUGAAUACUAGAUUUCUAAAUAUUGACAAACAAAUCAGCAGACUUCAGAAAAAGUAUUUUAUCGCAAAAGUUUCAAAAGUAAUGGCAGAUCGUUCCUCCUUCAUUAGUCGACAAGAAAUGGAGGAUAACGAAAAUGUUAAUGGGGACAAAAUGCAACCACAAGACAAGGCUUUGGAAACAGAUAACCCUGGUGAAGUGAACAUUGUCAAAAGGUCUGCAAACAAAUGUCAAAAUGUACAAAAAGGGAAAAAGAGGAAGAGGUGCUUGCGAAAACAAGAAAAACAGCAAAAACGCAGGCAUACCGGACAAUCUUUGGUAAGACUGGUGCAAAAGACUGUACACAAAACCGUGGAGCAGGCUGUAACAAAAGCUAUGAAAAAGCAGUCUCUGCUGUCAAUGCAUUUUGAAGGCGAUGGUAACGAACACCGCCCACGUGGUAAUGAGGAUUUUGCAGGGAGAUUCCACAAAUGGCAGUAUUCCGAUUGGGCUUUUAAGAAAAAGGACCUGAAGGAAAAAUUUAAGUUGAUACACUCGACUGGAGAUGUCAUAAUCAGUGAAGGGGGAAUAUACAUGCUGUACGCUCAGGUAACGCUGAUGGGAAAACCAGAUCAAGGUUUUAAGGUGGUUGUUCAGCGCCAAAAUAAACAAAAAGAUAUUUUGUCGAAAUGUAUGAUGAACUUCGAACCCGACACACAGGAAACUCCCAUACAAUCACGUCAGGAGGACGGGUAUAUCACGUGCUCUUCUGUUGGUGUGUUUAAACUAGAAAAAGGAGAUAGUGUCUUUCUACAGCAUACCAAGGACACAAAUGUGAAAGCUGACUUUCGGGGAAACGCGUCUUUCUUUGGCUUUGUGAAGUUGGGAGAUUUGUAACUGUGCACACAUUUUAUCCAUAACACUUAUAGGUUCCAUGUUUGAAGUGAUAAAACUGUUGUAAAGAGAUGGAGUUUUUCUACAGCAUACCAUGGACACAAAUGUGAAAGCUGACUUUCGGGGAAGCGCGUCCUUUUUGGCUCUGUGAAGUGGGGAGAGUUGUAAUUGUGCACAUAACACUUUACUAUUCGAUGUUCGAAGUGAUGAAACAGAUGUUCUUGACCUCGAACCUAACACGUUAUCAUAUAAGAAGAUAACAGUUUCAAUGUAACAGCAGAGCGUUGUAUUUGUAUUUAUAAUGAUAUCGUUUCUUGAUCUUUAAAUAUCCGUUUAAUACCUUUAAACAUGUGUAACAGUAGACUGUUGUGUGUUACUUAGCAGUAAUAUGUCCAAUGCCUACAUGGGAUUUUAAAAGGAAUAAAAAUGUACGAUGCCGUAAAAUGUCACCUCAGGUUAUUCUCAUUGGACAUCAAUAUUGAGUCGUGUUGACAUUAUUUUAACACAACGCUGUAUUUUUUUCUGAAUAUGUUACCGCAGACAGCUUUUCAACUAUUAUAAAACUAAUGUUGAUUGCUCUACUAUAUAUAGGAUUAUGUGUACAUAAUGAAUACCAUAAGUUAGGAAUGGUACAAGUUGAACUCAUUGUAUUAGUGUGUGUGCAGACAUAUAUAAAUGGUACGAAUAGUGUGGUAUAUAUCUGCUGUUGGCAAAUAAUGUUUAGUUCUUAUAAAAACGUUAAAAAUGAAUUCAUCUUUGUUUAUGUUUUAUAAGGUGUACUUAUCAAAGUGGCAAUUGAGUCAAACCGAUAGAGGGUUUGCUUCCUGGAAUAAUGCUGUUUUUAUUUGUAUAGGAGAGGAGUUACAACCGGAGUAAUUAGGUUUUGCUGUCAAUACUUGUUAAUGUGUCGCCCUCACAAACAAAGGUUGGUAGACUGUAGAUGAGCCAAAGAAUCAAUGCAGCUGUAGAUAAAAUACAGAAAAAUGACAAGAAAAAAAAUGUAGAUCUCAUGUAUAACGAUGGGGGUAUCACAUUUAUGUUCGUGUCUCUCCAUACGUUGACACAGAGAAACAUCAUUCACAACGCAAGGUGACGGGCUGACUGAUUCUCAGGGAUUUUAGUACAAGUACUUGUAGAAUUAUAGCAAGAUUGUAUAAAACAUUUUAACUGAGCACAUUUAUGAGUGAGGUGAUAUCCUAAUGUUAUCAUCACACCAUACUGUAGCC